CAAGUCAGAGAGUAGGAUUGGACGGUGGUGUUUGCUUACGUGGCAAUAUCCACUCUAGGCCUAAUCCUCUGAAACCUCUCUUUCUUAGACCCCCAACGUGCAACUCCUUCACGGGCAUUGUACCUUUUGCGCGAUGUGAAUUUUAAUUGAAAAGUGGGACAUUUUGUUUCUUUAAAGUACAAUAAUUUGAUGCACAGGAAAGAAAUUCAAGAGAAACAUAUCCCAUAGAAUCUUUCUCUCGCUCUCUCUCUUCUCUCUCUCUCGCUUUCGUGAAACUCAGUCGCUGAUAAAAAAUUUGUCUCGAACAGCUUUCGAAUUUUCAAACAGCUCUCUCUAUCUCUCUCUCUGUCUCGCUGUCUCUCUCUCUCUCUAAUGUUCGGAACACGGUCCGAAACGUUUUCUAGAACUACAAGAAAACUCCAAAGGAGUCCGAGCUUUUUUUUUUUUUUUUUUUUUUGAACUUUCUGAAAUUCUGAGGAAGAAAUUUUGUGGGUCGGGAAAAAGCUUUUGAGUUUUCUUCUGGGGGAUUUUCGUGUUGCAAGAGUUUUUUUUUUUUUUUUUUUUUUCGUUGAUGGGUUUUUGGUUCGUGGGUUCGACAUGUUUGACGGGGUUUUGACCUUCCAAUAGCAUGGUGAUCCGUGAGGAUGAUCACAAAUAACUACCAUGUCACUGUUCGUAAUGGAGCCUUGGUUUUGAGCGUUCUGUUUUGUUUCUAGGGUUCGCUGUGUGUGUGUGCACGCUUUUUCAUGUGAGUUUGAUUAGGGUUUCUGGCUAGGAUUUGGAUUUGAAUUUGAAUUUGAAUUCCAUAAGAACUGGAAGGUUUCAGUUUUGGAGGAGUGGUUGAAUAGUGAUUGGCCCCAUUUGCUCCAAGAAUACGAAAAGCAUAAGAACCAUAUAACAAAUAGAAAGCAAGGAUGGGUGCUAAAACUCGUCAAAAUGCUAUGGAGUCUCCUAAUCCUAAAGUGGAGGUGGGAGAAAUAGACACGAGUGCCCCUUUCCAAUCUGUUAAAGAUGCAGUCACCCUAUUUGGUGAGGGUGCAUUCUCUGGGGAGAAACCUGCCAUUAAGAAGGCAAAACCUCAUUCUGCAGAGAGAGUAUUGGCCAAGGAGACGCAGCUUCAUCUGGCCCAGAAAGAACUGAACAAGUUGAAGGAACAGAUAAAGAGUGCUGAAACCACCAAAGCCCAGGCAAUUGUUGAGCUUGAAAAGGCUAAAAUAACUGUUGAGGAUCUAAGCCACAAGUUGAAAUCUCUUGGUGAAUCCAAGGACUUAGCAAUCAAGGCAACUGAGACUGCAAAAAACCAGGCAAAGCAGCUUGAAGAUUCCAACUCUGGUAACCUUGGUGGAAUUAAUGAUGAGUGGAAACAGGACUUGGAAACAGCAAGAGCACAGUACAUGACAGUAAUUACUGAACUUGAUGCUGCGAAGCAAGAAUUGAGGAAAAUCCGCCAAGACUAUGAUCUGUCCACUGAAGCAAAAUUGUCUGCCUACAAGCAGGAAGCAGAAGCUAAAGAUGCUGCAAAAGCAAAUUCAGAAAGGGUUAAUGAACUGUCUAGGGAAAUUUCAGCAGUGCAGGAAUCAAUCAAACAGGUUAAGCUUGCAUCUUUGCAAGCCCAGCAAGAACAAGCAAAAAUUUUUUCUGAAAAGGAUGUCCAGAGGCAGACAUAUAAAGCUACCCUGGAGCAGUCAGUAAAAAAACUGCUUGCACUGAAGGAAGAUAUGAAUCCAGAACUAUCUAAAACUAUUGAAACACAACUUGCUGAAACAAUGAAUGAGAUUGAGUCUCUUCAAAAGCAAAUGGAGAAUACCAAGGCGUCAGAUUUAGAUUCAGUGAGAACUGUUACUUCGGAGCUGGAUGAUGCAAAGGAAUCACUACAUAAAGUAGCAGAAGAGGAAAACUCCCUUAGAAGCUUAGUCGAAACUCUGAAGUUGGAACUGGAGAAUGUGAAGAAAGAGCAUUCUGAAUUGAAGGAAAAAGAAGCAGAAACAGAAUCCAUUGCUGGGAACUUGCAUGUUAAGCUUCGGAAAAGUAAGGCCGAGCUUGAAGCAUGUCUUGCAGAAGAGUCUAAAGCAAGAGGUGCAUCCGAUGAAAUGAUUUCAACACUGAACCAGCUAUUUCAGGAAACUGAAGAUGCACGUCAAGAAGCAGAAGAAAUGAAGAGUAAAGCAGAGGUGUUGAAAAAGGAAAUUGAAGCCACCAAAAUCGCGGUAAAAGAAGCAGAGGAGAAGCUCAGAGUUGCUCUGCAAGAAGCUGAGGAAGCUAAAGCAGCGGAAGAAAAGGCUCUUGAUCAGAUUAAGUUAUUAUCUGAGAGAACCAAUGCUGCACGAGCCUCAACUUCAGAGUCUGGUGCCAAGAUUACAAUAUCGAGGGAGGAGUUUGAGUCUUUGAGCCGCAAAGUUGAGGAGUCUGACACAUUAACUGAAAUGAAAGUGGCUGCCGCUAUUGCCCAGGUGGAAGCUGUGAAGGCUAGUGAAAAUGAGGCAUUGAAAAGGUUAGAGGCAAACUUGAAGGAGAUCGAGGAUAUGAAAGCUGCAACAAAUGAUGCUUUGAAGAGGGCAGAAAUGGCAGAAGCAGCCAAGAGGGCUGUGGAGGGAGAACUCCGGAGGUGGCGUGAACGAGAGCAGAAGAAGGCAGCUGAGGCAGCAUCUCGGAUAUUAGCAGAAACAGAGAUGUCAGUAGAAUCGUCCCCACGACGAUAUAGAAUUCAAAAACAGGAACCUGCAACCAAAGUUAUAGAUGCCAGGAAGUUGGAGAAUGAGAAAACCUCAGCCUCAAAAAAAGUGCUUUUGCCUAAUAUCAGCGGCAUUUUUAAUAGAAGAAAGAAUCAGAUUGAGGGUGGGUCUCCUUCUUAUCUCCCUGGUGAGAAGCCCCUGUGAUAUUUGUCUUUGGCCUGAUCUUUAUUGAGAUUAUUGAAUGGUUGAGAGAGAAACCAAAAUGUUUGUUUGUAAAAUUCUAUUAUCUGUCGACGUUUGGAGGAGAUGAAAAAUGUAGGUGUCAAAAGAUGAAGCUUAGUGUGAUUUUGUAUAUGAGAACAAUGUUUUUCAAGAACCAUUUUUUUUUUUUUUUU